GUUCUGGUGGUAAGAAGAAUCGUCAAAAGGAACGUCGCCUCAUGAAAGGAUUUAAUAUUGCACCUCCCCCAACGGGAAGCACCCACACUUUGCCACCGGUUGCAGAAUUCAUAGCAUCGCUACAGCAGCAAUCGGCCCAGCACGAUCAUAGUCAAUCACAAGAUUUUGGUUCUACGCUUACUGGAAUUUUUACUGGAGGAAACGGAGGUGGUACUCCAAGAAAAUUGCACCAACUCACACAUUCGCAUUCGCACUCUCAAGCACAAAUGCCCGUUGGGCCAUCACCAUUGGUGACACUCACCAAAGGGGAUUUGGAAGAUUGGCACCAAGUUGUGAAAAAUCAUAAAAAAAUCUCUUUUAUGUUCAGGUUUCAUAUGAAGAGAAGCAGUUCACAUAAGCGACGCUGGGGCACACUUAUAGAAGCUGCAAAAUCCGGUCGAGUUAGUCGACUCAUCAGUAGAUCAAGGUCGGAAGAUUCCGUUUGCCGCGCAUCGACAGCCGUCGUCAGUCAAUCUUCUGGGAAUAUGACUGUCAGCAAUGGGACUCAAGAAUCGGCUGAUAGAUUUAGUUAG